AUGACUGCUAAUGACAACACUCUUCAACGUGUCAGCAGAUAUGUACAAGAUGGUUGGCCUGAACAAUUGCCGAAAUCUGAAGGUAGUAUCAAACCGUACUUUAAUCGCAGAUUUUGCUUAUCAUUUCAGAAUGGAGUGUUACUUCUUCAGGCUGAAUAUACUAGAGUGGUGCUACCGAAAGCACUGCAAUCUCAAGUAUUAAAUUUGUUACACGAGGGUCAUUGGGGUAAAGGUCGUAUGAAACAGAUGGCAAGACGAUAUGUGUGGUUUCCUCUUAUUGAUAAAGCCAUAGAACGUAUUCAUGAUGAUUGUUCAUCUUGUCAACAAGGUGCAAGUCAACCAAAGCGAGAAUUUUCUGCAUGGCCAGAACCUAGUAGGCCGUGGGAAAGAGUUCAUUUGGAUUUCGCGGGUCCAUUCUUUAAACGUAUGUGGCUCAUAGUUGUGGAUGCAUAUUCUAAAUUUCCAUAUAUUGUGGAACUAUCAACAAUAACAGCUGUAACAACAGUUGGAGCUCUACAAAAAAUUUUUUUUAUCGAAGGUCUUCCGUGCACUAUCGUGACAGACAACGGAACACAAUUCACGUCCAAUGAAUUUCAAAAGUUUUGUGAAAUGAACACAAUUCAGCACCUCACGUCUGCUCCUUUUCAUCCGGCUUCGAAUGGGUUAGCGGAAAGACAUGUGAGAACUUUUAAGGAAGCAGUAACAAAAAUUAUGAAAGAGGAACAACAUAUUGACAAAGCGUUGUAUAAAUAUCUUACAACGUAUAGAACUACUCCAAACUUAGCAACUAAUAAAUCGCCAGCAGAGUUGUUACAUGGGCGGCAACCAAGAACCAUUUUAUCGGCGUUGUUCCCGAAAGUUAUGGAGACUAUGAAAACUCAAAAUAGAAGUAAAUUCGGAGUUGGAGAGAAAGUGUUAGCUCGUAAUUAUUCGGGAUCGCAUAAAUGGAUCAGAGGCGUCAUACAGAAAUUGCUGGGAAAUAAAAUGUAUUUUAUUCAAACUGAAAAUGGUUACAUAAAACGACAUCAAAAUCAAAUACGUCGAAAUUUAUCGUCAUCGCAUUCAAAUCAGCUUAGGGCAGAUAAUAUUGAUAUUGAUUUAGAUUUUGGUAUUCGGACACCACCGGUUGAGGAAACAACAAUUACUACUGGAUCCGACCCGGAACAUAGUCAAACAGAGAAAGACGACAAAAUGGGGACCGAUGAAACAAUAAUCACUACUGGAUCUGACUUGAAACAAAAUCAAAGAGAGAAAGACGACAAAGCGGAGUCCGACGACAGAUAUGGGUCCACACACACUGAUCAGUUGCCAGUUCAAUUAAGACGGUCGGUUAGAAGGAGAAGACAACCUGUUCGUUUUAAUCUUGAAUAA